AUGGCAGACACUCCUCCGCACCCUCCGCGUCCGCUGCCGGGCAGCAGAGACCGUACUCCUGAACUCACUACUAAACGUGAGAAGCGUCAUCGCGAAGAUGACGAUGAUGAUCGUGACAGAAGGUCCAGACGCCGCGACGACGACCGUGACCGCAGCCGCGACCACCGCCGCCGGUACGAUGACGAUGACGACGACCGCGAACGCCGCCGCCGCCGUGAACGCGAGCGUGAGAGAGACAAUAACCGCCGCCGUGACCGCAGCCGUGACCGUAGCCGUGACCGUAGCCGUGACCGCAGCCGCUCCAGAGACCGUGACCGUGACCGCGACCGCCGCCGCGACCGAUCGCGCUCGCGCGAGCCCCGAAACCGCUCCCGCUCUCGUGACCGCUCUCGUGACCGCUCUCGUGACCACGACCGGCCCCGCCGUCCUCGUGAUGACUCGCGCGAGCGUGAGCGGGCUCGCCUCAAGGCUAUGACGCGCGAAGAGAAGGAGCGCGAGCGCGAUCGCCGUGACCGCGAGAUGCGUGAGGAGCGGCGCGAGAUGGCCCGGCGCGAAGGCCGCGACUACAACUCUCCCCGUCGCCGGCCGUCGUUCUCGCGCGAGGCGAGCCAGCUGCUCGAUGAGGUUGACGCAGAGGCCCGUUCAGUAUUCGUUUCGCAGAUUGCUGCGCGUCUUACCAGCCAGGACCUAGGUCAUUUCUUCGACGACAUGCUCGGCCGCGGCUCGGUGCGCGACGCGCGCAUCAUCACUGAUAAAGGCCGCCGCUCCAAGGGAAUGGGUUACGUGACGCUCCGCAGCCCUGACCUCGUCAACAAGGCGCUCAACCUAUCGGGCAAGGUGGUGGUCGGUAUCCCGAUCCUUGUUGGGCUCACGCCGGCCGACUCGUACGAGGGUAUGUCGCUCAAGGCAGUCAUUGCGAGCAUCCGUGGACAACGUGAGACCCAGAAAGAGCUGCACGCCAGCCGCCCACGCGGGCCCCGCUACCCACCUAUUACUCCAGGUGCUAUUCCCUCGAGCAUCGACCCGAACGCGCACGCGGGUGCGGCGAUCCCGUACCACCGUCUGUAUAUCACCAAGCUCUCCGACACGCUCUCCAACGAUGACCUCAGGCAGGUGUUUGACCCAUUCGGCGAAAUCGAGUUUGUCGACCUGCACGUGGACCAUUCCGGCGCAUCCAAGAAAACCGCGUACGUGCAGUUUGCUGAGCUCCCCGCUGCCCAGAUGGCCAUCGACGCGAUGAACGACUUUGAGCUCGCGGGUGAGAAGAUCCAGGUCCAGCCUGUCGAGGAGCGUAACGCCCAGUUCGAGAACAUGGAAGGCGACCAGCGCCGCGGUGGCCGCCUUGACGCCGCCGGCCGUAUGGAGCUGAUGAAAAAGCUCGCUCGCACCGACGACGCGAGCCGCCCGCGUGUGGCGGCCCCUCCCAAGCCCGAGAGGCAGCGCCCAACGCACUUCCUCAUGGUGAGCAACAUGUUCAACCCAGACGAGGAGACGGAGCGCAACUGGGACACAGACCUGGCCGAGGACAUCCAGGACGAGGUGAACAACAAGUAUGGCCGCGUCGCGCGUAUCAAGGUCGACAAGAUGAGCCAGGGUGAUGUUUACAUCGAGUUUGCCGACCUCGACGGGUCUGAGAACGCGCGCCGCGGUCUCCAGGACCGCUGGUUCGGCGGCCGCAAACUCGAGGCGCAGUUUAUUUCCGAAGCGCUGUUCAAGGCGCAUCUGUGA